UAUCAUGUGAUCAGCAGUGUCCAAUUACAGCUGAUCGCGCUGACAUCAUUCCUCAGAGGGGACAUCUACACUGAUCAUCUGAGCACUGAUAAUCAGUGCAGUGCCAUUAGUGCCACCUGUCAGUGCUCAUCUAUUCCACAUACCAGUGCCCAUCAAUGCACCGGUGCACAUCAGUGCCACAUAUCAGUGCCCAUCAGAGCUGCCUUUCAGUGCCACCAAUCAGUGCCACCUAUCAGUGCCAGUCAGUGCCGCCUAUCAAUGCCGCUU